AAAAUAAACUUUAAACUUUUCUAUAUUAUAUGUAUAUCAAUAUGACAGUAUAUGACUAUGUAAAAAAAUUAACUAAGCAAUUCACACUAUAAGCAGCCAUUAAAUCUAGUAAAUUCUAGGAAAUCCAAACUUUUUCUAUGUUAAUUCAACCAUAAUCAAAUUAUUAAACUUCUUACUAAUUCAACCUUAAUCAAGUUAUUAAACUUCUUACCGUUGGAUGCCGAGAGGGAGUUCGGCACAGGCAGCAAGUAGAGGGAGUCCGGCACAGUAUAGUGCAGCAAGCAGAGGAGGUCCGGCACAGUGCAGUGCAGCAAGGAAAGGAGGUCCGGCACAGUACAGUGCAGCAAGCAGAGGAGGUCCGGCACAGUAUAGUGCAGCAAGCAGAGGAGGUCCGGCACAGUGCAGCAAGCAGAGGAGGUCAGGCACAGUGCAGUGCAGCAAGCAAAGGAGGUCCGGCACAGUGCAGCAAGCAGAGGGGGUCCGACACAGUUCAGUGCAGCAAGCAGAUAGGGUCCGGCACAGUGCAGUGCAGCAAGCAGAGGGGAGUCGGGCACAGGAGCAAAUCUGCAGAGGAGGUCCGGCACAGUGCAGCAAGCAGAGGUCCGGCACAGUGCAGCAAGCAGAGGUCCGGCGCAGUGCAGUGCAGCAAGCAGAGGGGAGUCCGGCACAGGAGCAGAUCUACAAGCUGCAGCUAACAGCUUUGACAGCAGCUUUAGGAGCACAUCUGCAGCAACAAGAAGGGGAGAGGAAGGUUGAAGGUGAGGUGAGACUUGAGAGGUUGAUUGUUCGGCUGAGACCAAGAGUGAGUGAGGGAUUGUGGCUGCGUGCGUGAGUGACAGAGUGAGGAGAAAAUGCGGGGAAAUGAAUAAAGUUGAAGUUAUGAA